AUGAACGUACUUGUUUAUAAUGGCGCUGGUGCCUCUCCAGACUCUGUUAAACAUACCGUUUCGACACUUAGACGACUUUUGGAACCCUUAUAUGCUGUGUGCACGGUUAAUGCCAAAGUACUUCAGACGGAGCCUUGGGAGGGAAAAACGUCGGCCGUGGUCUUCCCUGGCGGAGCUGACCUUCCUUAUGUCAAAGAAUGUGCUUCAGUGAUUCCCCAAUUAAAAAAAUAUGUGUCUAAACAAGGUGGCUCGUUCAUCGGGUUUUGUGCUGGUGGGUACUUUGCGACUGAUUUCGUGGAAUUUGCCGUUGGUGAUCCAUUGUUGGAGGUUUUCGGGAAGCGCGAUCUCAAGUUCUAUCCUGGUAUUGGCCGUGGUCCCGCUUUCCAUGGUUUCAAGUAUAAUAGCGAGGCAGGCGCUCGGGCAGUUACCCUAAGACUGCCCAAUGGGGAUGAAUUCAAGACGUACUACAACGGUGGUGGUGUUUUUGCGAACGCUGAUAGAUACGAGAAUGUUGAGGUGCUCGCCCAUUACGCGGAGCCUUUGGACGUUCCACAUUCCGAAAAGGCCCAAACGCCGGGUGCUGCGGUGGUUCUCUGCAAGGUGGGCAAGGGCCGAGCUCUAUUGACUGGACCGCAUCCUGAAUAUGUUCCCCGUCUGCUUCAAAGGAUGCAUGACCAUGAGUACAAUGAGUCAAUGGUGAACAUUUUAGGUGAGCACGAAGUGGCCAGAUUGAAAUUCCUCAAAGAUGCACUUACUAGAGUAGGAUUGCACUGCAACAGCAAUUUUGCCGACAGAAUAGCUCCAAGUUUAACGCCUUUACUUCUGAUGUCCCCCAGUAAGCCUCAGUUGCUAUCAGAGUUCGAACGAAACUUGGAAGGGGCAGAUGUCUGCAUCAAGGAGGAUAUAGUCACAUUAAAGGGCAAUACUGACAAUUUCCAGAUAUACAAAGGAUAUGCCAACUAUGAAGCUGCGAGUUCUGAGCUGCUGGAUCAAGAGCCUGACGAAGCUUCCAAGUCCAUCAUAAUCUCAACAAGUGAUGAGCCUUAUGCACCACGCACACUGACUCCAAACUUCGAUACCAAGAAAUAUUACAAGUAUUUGAACCCCCAGACAUCGGUAGGGUCAUUGCUUAUGUACGGAGAAGUCAUAACUUCUUCUAGUGCGUUAUUGAACAAUAAUAGAAAACUGUUGUCCCUUUUCCCAGAUACGUCCAUGCUGCACGUAGGUACUAUACAGGUUUCUGGCCGAGGACGCGGCGGCAAUACUUGGAUCAAUCCAAAAGGCAUUUCUGCGUCCACUGCUUGUGUUAAUGUUCCACUGGCUUCUCCGCGGACAGGGCGACCUAUCUCGAUUGUGUUCGUCCAGUACAUUGCUAUGCUUGCAUAUUGUAAAGCAAUUCUCGGGUAUGCACCAGGUUUUGAGGAUCUCCCUGUCAGAAUCAAAUGGCCUAAUGAUCUAUACGCGUUGAGGCCCGAUUACUAUUUCUCGAAGAAUAUCACUUUAACAGGUAAAGGACUGAGCGGAUAUACUGUGCCUCUCGAUGAACUUGAGCCGGCUUUCGUCAAGAUAUCUGGUCUUCUGGUUAAUACCAGUUUUUUCAACAACAAGUAUUCGCUGCUUCUUGGGUGUGGUCUCAACGUCUCCCAUGACGGGCCUACAACCUCUUUGAAUACUUGGGUUAAGCUUUUGAAUGCUGAGAGAGAAAAAUGUAAUAUGCCAUUGCUACCUGAAGUUGAGGUAGAAAAGCUGCAAGCGCUUUACAUGAACAACUUGGAUUUUAUUCUCAAAGAAUUUGUGGACAAUGGCGUCGAUCGAAUGCUUCCCGAAUACUACAAUCUAUGGCUGCAUACGAAUCAAAUCGUCACUCUUACUGAUCAUCAAAAUAUUCGCGCCAAAUUAGUCGGAAUAACGAAGGAUUAUGGAUUGCUUAUCGCCAAAGAGCUUGUUCCGGGCACUAACACCCAGUUUACGGGCAAUGUAUACGAAUUGCAACCAGAUGGUAAUAGUUUUGACAUUUUCAAGGGUUUAAUCUCCAAAAAGGUGACAUAG